AUGGCGGCGUGGAGAAACUACGCCGUCCUGUUCAAUCGGACCGGUGUGGACGUUCUCUGGAGCGUCAGGGGAGGCAGCAGGUGGACACAAAACUUUCAGCAGCGUUCCGGCUUCCGAAAGGUCGCCAGGAAACCUGAAAGCAAAAAAGUGGAGGAUGAACUCGGACACUUAGACUCGUCGGAAGUGGCGUCCAACCGGCAGACGUCAAGCCCUCAUUGGGCAUCAGCGCCUCCCCCUCCGUCGUCAGGCUCGCCACGAGCCUUCGGACGUCUGGUGCGCCCGCUGCUCUUCACUGUGGGGUUUACAGGCUGCUCCUUUGGCUCAGCGGCUAUCUGGCAGUACGAGUCGCUCAAGUCUCGCGUGCAGAGCUACUUCAACGAGCUACGAGCCGAUUGGCUGGAGAGGGUGCGGCCGCAGAAGAGAGGGGACGUUCGUAAGGAGGUCAACCAUUGGUGGAACACUUUGAGUGAGGGACAGAGGACGGUAACAGCUAUUCUGGCCGCCAAUGCUGUGGUGUUCUGCUGCUGGCGAGUUCCACGUCUGCAGCGCUCCAUGUUCAAGUAUUUCACCGCAGACUCCGCCUCCAGGACGUUGUGCGCACCCAUGGUGCUGUCCACCUUCAGCCACGUGUCCUUCUUCCACAUGGCCGCCAACAUGUACGUCCUAUGGAGCUUCUCCACUAGCGCCGUCUCCAUGUUGGGAAGGGAGCAGUUUGUGGCUGUCUACUUGUCAGCUGGCGUCAUUUCCACCUUCUGCAGCUACGUGUGCAAAAUGGCCACCGGGAGGUUCGGCCCUUCGCUGGGAGCUUCAGGUGCCAUCAUGACCAUCCUGGCUGCAGUUUGCACCAAAAUUCCUGAGGCCAAACUGGCCAUCAUCUUCCUCCCAAUGUUCACAUUUAGUGCUGCCAAUGCUCUGAAGGCAAUUAUUGCCAUGGAUACAGCUGGUUUGAUACUCGGUUGGAGGUUUUUCGACCACGCGGCUCACUUAGGAGGCGCUAUGUUUGGCAUUUGGUACAUCCUAUUUGGCCAUGAGCUCAUUUGGAAGAACCGGGAGCCUUUUGUCAAGUUUUGGCAUGAGCUACGGACAGGUCGCGGUGGCGGAAAUGGAGGUGAGCGAGGAGGCUCCGCGUAG